AGCCCAGGCAGUGCGCAUGCGCAGCCGCCGUCUCUUUCUCGUGAGCCCUCUCCGCUCCUCCGGUGUGUCGGUGUGUCCGCGGCUCAUGGCGGCUGGUCGGGACUCUGCUCUGUACCUGGGCCUGGACUUCAGCACGCAGCAGCUGAAGGCGGUGGCCAUCGAUGGAGACCUCAGCGUGGUCCAUCAGAGCAGCGUGCAGUUCGACGCCGAGCUGCCCCACUUCAGGACUCAGGGAGGAGUCCACAUCCACGAUGACAGGCUGACGGUCACCUCACCUGUGCUGAUGUGGGUCCAGGCUCUCGACCUGCUGUUGGACAAGAUGAAGAGGGCGGGGUUUGACUUUGCUCGCGUCCGAGCGCUGUCGGGCAGCGGCCAGCAACAUGGCAGCGUGUUUUGGAGAACCGGAGCUUCUCAGACUCUGGAGCAGCUCGACCCGGAUCAGAACCUGCACCGGCUGCUGCAGGGCAGCUUCUCGGUGUCUGACAGUCCAGUCUGGAUGGACUCCAGCACCAGACAGCAGUGUUUGGACCUGGAGGCAGCUGCAGGCGGCGCCGAGAGGCUGGCAGACAUCACCGGGUCCAGAGGAUACGAGCGUUUCACAGGAAACCAGAUCGCCAAGCUACGUCAGAACCGAGUGGACGACUUCAUGGACACCGAGAGUGACGACAGCAGCAACUUCAAGAACGGAUCUCUGACGAGAGAACGCGUCAGGAACGAGUGUGCUGGAGGAUCAUGGGAGGUUUUUUCUGCCAUGUUGAGAGACACGCCGCUUGGAAACAACGGCAACAUCGGCUUUUAUUUUGACACCGUGGAGAUCACUCCUCCGGCGGUGGGCGUCCAUCGCUUUGACUCCGACGACGGCGAGGUGUCCUCCCUCAGUCCUCAGGUGGAGGUCCGGGCUCUGGUGGAGGGUCAGUUUCUGUCCAGGAGGCUUCAUGCUGAGAGGCUGGGAUACUCCAUCCUUCCAGGAACCAGAGUUCUGGCGACGGGAGGAGCUUCAUCGAAUAAAGAGAUCCUGCAGGUCAGUUCUCCUUCUGUUCCUCACUGUGUGCACACGGUUCUGCUGUUACUGCUCCUGGCAGGACCACAAUGUAGAACCCUGAAGGAACCAGAACCAGCNGUGCUGGUCCGUACUGGUCGGUGCUGGUCGGUGCUGGGCUGCAUCUCCUCAUACUUUGUGCGUCGAUGUGGUUUCUCUGAGAGCUGCAGCGUCGUCGCUUUUACUGGAGACAAUCCAGCAUCCAGGCCACUGACACAUUCACUCUGUUUGGCAGCGUCUCUGGCCGGAAUGCGGCUGCAGCGAGGCGACAUCGCGGUGAGUUUGGGGACCAGUGACACGGUGUUCCUGUGGAUCCAGCAGCCUCGGCCGGCUCUGGAGGGUCACGUGUUCUGCAGCCCGGUGGACCAGGAGGCCUACAUGGCUCUGCUGUGUUCAGGCCUGGCAGCCGAAUCUGGAGUGUCCUUCUUCGACGUGGUGAAGGAAGCACCGGAGCCACAGCUGGCCACGACGCCACAUCCCUCAGCCCAGCAGGUGUACGACGGCAUGCUGAGGCGCUUCGCUCGAUUGGAGGAGAGAGUCCUGCACAAGCCCCACCCCUGAGCCACAGCCACCAAUCAGCUGCGUCCAUCAGAAUCCAGACAGAAACAACACCACAGCUAAAAUCCUGAAAACAUGUCUUUGAUUAAAUACGUCUGAAAACCAA